AUGAACUUUUUGGGGAACAAUGAUGUUGAGUCAAAAGAGGGUGCUGGUGUUUAUUGCAGCAAAAGCAACGAGAAGAACAAACCAAGAGAAAUUGGAAUGGAAGCCAAAGGUUUAGGAGAAGUUAGAAGGCUUCACAUCAUUUACUUCCUCAGUCAGAUAGGUGGUCGUGCUGAUCAUCCUCAUCUAAUUCGAGUACUUCAUCUUACUCGUAAUGGGGUUUAUCUAAGAGAUGUCAAGAGAUGGCUUGGGGAAUUGAGAGGAAAAGACUUACCUGAGGCUUUUUCUUGGAGGUACAAGAGUGGAUAUGUGUGGCAAGACUUGUUGGAUGACGACCUCAUAACCCCCAUCUCUGACAAUGAAUACAUCCUCAAAGGAUCACAAAUCCACACUACCCCAUUUGCAACAACUCCUUCACUUGAAGAAAAGAAAACUACCGUUUGUGAUAUCCAUGCUGAGAAGAUGUGUUCUCAAGUACAACUUUUAGAGGACAAAGGAAAACAGCAGCAGUCGCCAAAGUCUCUAGCAGAAGAAGAAUCUCAAAUUCAACCAGACCAGAAUUCGAAAUCAGAUACUCCAACAAAAGGGUCAUCAGAAAUCAGCCAGGACUCAUUGGUCUUCGGCUCAGACAGGUCAUCUAUGACAGAUGAUGACUCUUCUAAGGUUGAAGAAGAGAAGCAUCUAGUGAUCAAAACAGGAAAAGAGAGUUUCAGUAAAAUGCGCCAGGAGAAGCCAGAGACAUGCUCAUUACCUUCCUUGUAUCACAGUUUAUUGAGUAAGAAGGGCACUCACAAAGAUGACCAAAAUAAAACUCACUCACCUGAUUCAUCCUUAUCCACCAUAUCAUCAUCAUCAUCUCAAUCAUCCUUUACAAAGAUCAGAAGCAAUUCUACCAAAGUUUCUAAUGUGUUUCGAAAUUGGAUCACUUGUGGCACUGUGGACACAAAUGAUGCAGCACUGACCCUGAUGAACCCCGCUCGAAAAAUUUUAUCCAAGGAAACUGCCAACAAACCUGAAACAAAAGCUGAGAUUUGUAAGGGAGACAGAUUGGGAGGAUCAGCGAGGUCUUUUAGGACUUCCUGGGGUCAUCAUGACCAGAAACAGCAAUAUGGGGCAAGAAAAAGCUUUGAUGGAGAGGAAACAAACAGGGGCAGGAAAAUGUUAGGCGAGUUGCUAAACCAAACUGCUUCCAGACCAUAUGGAGGACCUAUUUGCUCGCAAUGUGGGAAGUCGUUUAAGCCUGAGAAAAUAUUCAAACACAUGAAGUCUUGUAAAGGAAUGAAAGCCUUCGGAAAGUCAACCACAACUGUUGAGGAGGGACAGCAUCAGAGAUCAUCAACUUCAUCCCAUACACCUUACCUUUUGACCAACUAA